UCCCUUUUCUUUUACACUGAACACUUUUGUCAAAAUAUUUGAAAAAAUAGAUCCAAAAUUUGGACAAAUCAAAAUUUUUGUGAUCCACCGCCAUCGAAUGGCUUUCUUCCUCAUCCGACUGGCAAUUGUGGCCGGUGUGGUUUAUGGCACCCAGGAGCUGGGAUUCUGGGAUAGUGCCGGUCACUCGCAGGAUCUCCUGGAUGAAGUGAAAAGGGAAGUGAAGCCCGUGUCGGAGAACAUGAUGAACCGGUUCUGCUGCUGGCGGUGCGAGAACUGCGACAGGGAUAAGGGGGUGAAGCCCUGGCAGGAGUCCAUGGUGGAUGCCUGGAACGAGUCGGUCAAGAAGACGUUCACCACCCUGGGCGUUCACGUGCCCUUCUACUACAACCGCUUCAGGGAGGAUUUCCAGAAGGGCAUUGAUGACUUCAUGAACGGCAGCGAAGAUUGAAUUAAGUUAAACACGCAUCAAAUCUAUAUUCAAUGUCAUAUUAACAAAUAAAACCGACCUUUCACUGAACGCAAAA